CUCCAUUCUUUAAAACAAGGAGACUAUAAUGGCGUCCACAACACCUACUGAAAACGAAUAUGUUACAUUGGAAAGUUCUGAUGGAUUCCAGUUUAUUAUCCAUCGUGAAGCUGCAAUGCUCUCUGGCACUAUCCGAAAUAUGCUUUCUAGUGCAGGACAAUUCACAGAGUCGACAGAAGGAGUAAUUCAUUUCAGGGACAUCAAAGCUGUCAUUCUGGAGAAAGUCUGCAAGUAUUGGUACUAUAAGGCACGAUACCUCAAUUCAGUGACAGAGAUCCCUCACUUUGAGAUCGAGCCAGAGUAUGCGCUGGAAACACUUAUGGUCGCUGACUUCUUGGACACAUAACUCCCGGAAGG